AUGUCUGCUUUGUUGAGUUUAACGUACGGCUUUGCCUUCCUAAUCUCCGUUUUGAUUCCAAAAGUCAGCAGUGCUUCAGGUAUGUUGCAUGUCCUUGCGUUCCAUCUAUCAUACGACAUAAAUUGACACCCCAAAGCAAAAGCGAAACUAUAUGAGUUGAUAAAAACAAACAAUCCUCUAAACAUUCCGUUGCCGUGAUGGAUUAACUGUCGAGGUUUCACUCAAAUAGGAAAACGUGCAAUGAAGCACAGUUGUUGAGACUAUUGUAACGUAAACACCUUUACUAUUUACGUCUUGGGUCCGAGUUUUAUCUCCUCGAGUUACAGUACAUGGGCAAAGUGUAGGCAGGCUAUACAUCGAAAAGGAAAAAAAUCAGGAUCCGUAACUUAUGGUAAUAGACCAGUGGCGUGGCUAGAAUGACAAUAAUUAAAUCUUUACCAUUAAAAUUAUCUGUUGAUUGCUUUGAUUGCUUGUUUUGAUCUCCUUUGUAAAAAAAUGCUAAAGCGUGGUAGAAAAAAUAAUUCUCAGGUCAAACUGAUAUUUUAAGACGAGAAAGCAUUAUAAGUAUGGCAAAAUUGUGAGGGAAUUAUAAUUCAACUAAGACCCGCAAUUUCUAUGUAAUGUUACCAUCGGAAUAGAAGCAUCAGACACUCUUAACAUGAGAAAUUACCUGAGCACUCCCCAAGUUGUCAACAUACCAAUUACCUAUAGUUUGUCCAUAGCCAAAACGAAAAGUGUCCUAAGAUGGUGGAAAUAUGUACGUUUAGUUUAAGCUUGUGUAUAAUUCCAAUAUCUUGUAAUGCUAAGGAAAAAAAGUUGUCAAACAGAGAGCUCUGACUUUUUUUAUCUUUGAUUAAUUUGUGAAAUAGUUUUAACAACUAAUAAGCGAAAAUUUGUGUUAAGUGACUUUCGCAACUUGGAGUUCAGAAGCAGCUACACGUUCAAAGGCAAACGCCUGAUUAACCACGUGAUUAAUGCCACUGACGCAAUCGACGAACGAUUCUGCAGGAUUCUAUGCCAUUCAGAUUACAAUGGCAUCAGUUAUAAUUUUUGUCUCGUGGUGAAGCUGGGAGGCAAAGGUGUGAAUUCAAUGAUAUGUCACAUGUAGAGUAUGAUGGUGAUCUGGAGAGCAGCCCUAAUUAUACUUAUUACGGAGCUCAGGUUAGAAUCCCUGAAAACUUGUAUAUAAUUAUUAUAAAAUGAAUGAUAUAAUAAUAUAAACAAUAAUAAUAAUAAUAAAAGUAAAAACAAUGAUAAUAUUUUAUAUUGCGCUAAAAACUAUCUACAUAUUCGAGAGCGCUUUACAUUACAAUGAGUUUGUAGUUUACAGUUGUUUCUGAAAAUAGUCAGGCUGCUACUGGCUCUGAUUGAUAAGGGUAACGAUUUCCAUGAGGCUGGAGCAGCAUAGGCGAAGUGUAGAUAAGUUGACCCUUGGAAUGAACAGAAGAGAUGUGUUGACGAGAUAAAGACAUUUAAGCGCUUUUUCCUUGCGCACCUUACACAAGUUUCUUUGCUCUAGUUGAUAUUUUUACGGCUUUCAAACUAAUUUUUGUCAGAUAAUGCGGGCAAUCCCAUAUGAGCUCCAUAGGAACAUCAUGACUGUUCGGGUGGUUACAUCACAAGACAGCAUUCACGUUUCACAUCAUCAUGUCCUCACGCUGCGCUAACUAAAUAGUACCAUUGUUUCCUUUUUUGUUGUUUGUUUUUUUUUCCACGAGUGAAUUAUCUGUUACUGAGUUAAUGGAUACCUAAAAGCAAAAUGUAAAGAUAUCCGCUGACCAGCAUUUUUGGUUUUCAUGGUCAUUAGAACGCUUGUGUAAACAAUGAAUGCAAAAACAAUGCGACGUGUCAAACUGGUUUUACUGACAGAGGAUAUCGCUGCAUGUGCAUUCCGGGUUUUCGGGGGCAAGACUGCAAAAUUUGCGGUAAGUGUUCAAAAGGAAAAAUAACUCCUUUCAGGACGUGUCCGGAUCGAUAUAAGUUAGUUAGCGUUUGUCCUUUAGGAAAAAGAUAGAGCUUGCACUUAAUAUUCUAUAUAAGGUACUACAUUUCUUCGUUGUAAAAGGUUCCACGCUUCGAAAGCAACAGUUGUUGCUUUUUCUUUCUUUUGCUCGUAGUAAGUCCCUAAAAUCGAAGUUGGAAAUAAAAGUUAGUAGACUACCCAAAACAAUUAGCGACAAAACUAUCAAGUAAUAACAUAUGAUAGAUGAAAAAUGAAAUUAAAAUGAGGAAUAAAGAAAAUAACAAAAAAAACUAGCAGAGUAAAUAGAAGAAAGAUCAUCAACUAUAUAAUAUUACUAUAAUUAUAACAGAUAUCUGUUCCAUGAACAAUGGCUAAUUUCACAGUUCCCCGUAAUUUAUUAGGCUUCAAAAAUAAAACAGGAAGUUCAAAAACGAUAGAAUGAGUCGUUCUCAAAGUUGUUAAUCAUCUUGCCACUGCGACCUCUUAGAAAGUCUCAGAUAUAUGAUCAAAAGAAUUUCUUACUUCUGAGGAGUGAGAUUGGUUGGUUUUCAUUUGCUUUGUCUAGUGGAUUAUAUGUUCCUUCAUUAGUAACAAUGCUAACUGUAAGGAAGAAAGAGGGAAGGUAAAAAUGCAGUAUUCAUUGUGCGUAGGCUUCAAUCCAAGAAUUGAUCAGUGCUUACUUACCGUCUAGAUAACAGCUACUGCUUGAAGUCAGGAUGUUCCUCGUCAAAGCACUUUAUCCUUACAUGUCUAGUAAUCCAUUUUUUAGCAUUCAACUAUUAUUGUAUUUUUUUUUCUGCAGAAUUUGCAUCGUGCAAGGAAAUUUAUAACUUGAAUCUGUAAGUGGGUUUACGAAGCAUAAUUUUUGUACAUACAUUUAAAAAAAACACUUCGGCACUUUUUUCACUUUUGAUUCUGAGGAAAAUCCAUAGAUACAGAUCUACCAAUAGAAUCGAAGUUUAGUCGGGUAGAAAUGAUAUUUUGAGUCAAUCCAUUAUAUUGGGGUAACUGAAAUUCCGCCAAAAUUAACAAAUUGAUAAAUUUUCGUCCAUACCUUUUGUUUUCAAGUUAUACUAUUCGAAAAAUAAUAAACAAACAACAUAACAAAACAUAACGCAGUAUUGCAUGACUCAGCCAGAUCGUGCUUUUCAGGUUCAACGAAAACAAAGCUUAUCAAUUGAGGGUAGGAAAUCUUAGUUUUCUUGUAUAUUGCCACCUCAGUGGGACUAAUCUUGGACCAUGCGGAGCUGGUGGCUGGACCCUGGUCAUGAAGAUUGACGGCUCAAAGGUAAUGUGACUAACAUUGAAAUUCUUUAUUGAGCGAAUGGUUAGCUCUUAGUUGUACACUACGUUGUGUGAAAAGGUAAGGUGAUGUCUUUUCCGGCAAUCUCCUAGAUAGCUCUUGUUACACAAUAAAUACGUCGGGUUUCUUGAUGACCAAAUAUUAGGGAACUUUUCACUGGGGCUCCAACCUUUGGAUGAACAAUCAAACUUUUAACUCUGCUGGAGGACAGACAGGUUUUGACGACGAAGAGACGAAAUUACCAACCUACUGGGGAAUGCCUUUCACCAAAAUUUGUCUCGGAAUGAAAAUUGGCCACCAGAGUUUGCAAAUUCAGUUGUGA